AUGAAGCUUUCAAAUUUCGUUCUUUCCAGUGCGCUUGCGCAAAGAGAUCCAAAUUACAAGUACAACAAGAGAGUCGUAGAAGGAUUGAGCGGAACUGACUGUAAUACGAACAAUCUGACCAUCGCCAAGUUUUCCGAUGAUAUCAAAUGCGCAGAGGGGGAGUUUAUACCAGAAGAAAGCAUGUGCACCCUGCAAUGUGUUUCUGAGGGAACCGCCCCAGUUUUCGCCGAGCUUCUCUGCCGAAAAGGCGAGCUCCAUCCCCUGGAUUCUUGA